AUGGCCGAGCAUUUGCUGACAGAAUUGUCGAAACCUGCCGGGCGCUGGACCUUCACUCGUUCCGAUGAGUUUUCCGUGCGGAAUAUUUCCUCGUGGCGUGUUGCGGAAGGGGCGGCCAGUGACAGCCAUCUCAUUCAAGUUUCUUGGCCGCUCGACUGGCCGACCGACCCAUGUACUCGCGCCAAUGUGCUCUAUGUGGUGGACGGCAACGCCAUGUUCCUCACUGCCACGGAAGUCGUGCGACAGCGACAGGCCCUGCAGCCGCAGAAGCCCGGCACCGUUGUCGUGGGCAUCGGAUACCCGCUCACUGACACUGCUAGUCUCUGGGAUGCGCGAAGAGGGUAUGACCUGACGCCUCCUUGCGAGAAAUUCACGGCACCGAAAGGCCCCGAUGGCCAGCCUCAGCCGCAUGAGUACGGUGGCGCGGAUAAAUUCCUGCAGUUAAUCACGAAGGUCGUGCAGCCGUUUCUAUUAGGGUCGGUAUUUCCACGCCUCGAGCUCGCGCGGACGGCACUCUUCGGGCACUCGUACGGCGGCCUCUUCGUGCUCCACUCCUUGUUUACACGCCCGGCUAGCUUCGACACUUAUCUAGCGGCCAGUCCUUCGAUUUGGUGGAAUGACCGAUUUGUUCUCGCCGAGGAAUCGGGCUUCCUUCUAGACCCGGUUCUGGAUUCUCGGCCUGCCCUUCGCCUGUGCUACGGGUCAAGAGAACAAUUCCCUGCUCGUGACAAAGGCGAAUCGGACGAGAGUUUUGAACGACGGGCCCAGAGCAAAAUGGAACGUCGCAUGAAUGAAAAUUGCAAGGAAAUGUACGAUCGACUGGUGCCUGGCUGUCGAUUGCGAUCAGUCGAGAUAAGGGAGUACCCGGACGAAGAUCAUGGCAGCGUGAUCGCGGCGGCGCUGAGUGGUAGUAUUGUGUAUUUCUUAGAUUUGGAGGGCUGA